AUGGUCCGAAAAGGUUCUGCAGCCGCUGGUUUGAUCCCAUUGAUAAUCUUGUCCAAACUGUUCGGCUGUUCUCUUUUUAAUUUGGAUUUCAAGAUGUCCAUUUUUCAGAUUUACUACUCUAUUUUUGUCGUCGUCAUGCUGAUAUUUAUGACAUUUUGCACUUACGGUUUCAAAGACGUAGACGGAUUGUCGCUAUCGAUGGUGAACACGGCCGAAGUCGAUUUCCAGUACACGAUUAUGACCGGAGUCGCUAUACUGUGCAUUGUCCGCUACCCGAAGAGAAUGCGGUUUUUAAAAUCUUUUCUCGAAAGGAUCGACAGAUACGACCGAUUCCUAAAGAGAAUGGGGAUCGUUGUCAGCUACGGUACAAAACUGGAAUGUUUCAAAUCUAUCUUUGCACCCGUCUAUCUGUUAACCGCGAUGGUGAUUGAGAGUCUUAUUUAUGGAUAUUUUAAAGAUUUGAGAAAGAUGCCGCAGGUGAUCGUAUUCUACGAUCAGGUGGUGAUAUCCGCCACAGAGUUUGAGUUCGUGUUCCUCGUUAAAGUGGUUGGCAAUCACUUACAAUCCCUAAGGAAUGAAGGUAAAACUCUGUACCAGCUCGUCGGCUGUAAGUUCCUCAUGCUGCAGCACAUCAGGCUCAGAGGGAUGGCCAAAGAGAUCGGCUCUUUCUACAGUACUGAAAUCCUUUGUUGCCUCUUACGGCUCUUCUUCAUGGCAGUGACGUCUGCUCACUUCGCCCUGUUUUACCUCAUGUUCAACCACGACGAGAAAAAACAGGACAAACAAGCGAUUGCGACCGCUCUUUACUUAUUCUACACAGUUUACUACUUCUGGGAGUUGUACGAUAUGUGUAGCAUUUGCUACUGGACAGAGACUCAGAAUGAAAAAUUUAACUAUUAUUUCCGGUAUUUGGUGAUAUCUGGUUCGUCUAAAUCAGCUCUGCAAGAUAUAGAUAUAAGAACGCACCUGGCUAUGAAGUACUCAAUCGAAUUCGACUGCGGUGGAUACAUCCGUUUGAAAAAUUCUUUAUUUUUGUCGAUGGUGGGAGCUUUGGUGACCUAUUUGGGAUUUUUCAUACAGAAACAGAUGUCGGCCAUGUCUUUAAGGACUUAAUCUGAUGACAAAAAAGAAUGCCUAAUUAAUGAUAAUUUACACCCAUUAAUUGGUAAAAGAUGAAGGUUCCUAAGGAUUUCCAAAUUUUGAAUGUAGGGUUUUGUGAUUUUCCUUUUAUUAAAUUUAUAUUUGCUGUAUUGC